AUGCUCGAGUUCAUGCAGACCGUCGAGAGACUCGAGGCCCUGAAACGAUCCCAGGAAUCAACAGCAGCCGUCGGAUCAUCAGAACAACUGGCAGAAAGCUCACCUCCAGCCGUCCGAUCCACACCACGAGCCAGCUCCACCGUCGAUCUCCCGCCGGAUUUCGACCCGUUCGGCAGCCCCGUGGGUCAGUUCAUGCGCGGAGUCCUGCGAUUCUCCAAGAUCUUAGUCGCAGCCGUCAACGGGCCCGCCAUAGGGAUUGGCGUGACGCUCCUCCCGCACUGCGACCUCGUCUUCGCCGCGGAUUCCGCGACGUUCUGGGUGCCGUUUCUCCGCAUCGCGCUCGUCCCCGAGUUCGGUUCCUCCGUCACUCUCGUGCAGCUGCUCGGUCAACCCCUGGCGAACGAUCUGCUGCUGACGUCACGGGUUCUCUCUGCGGACGAGGCGUGCAGAAACGGUCUUGUUUCGAGAGUGUUCCCGGAUGGGACCCUUCAGAGUGAAGUGCUGGCGAUACUCUCCGACAUCCAGCAGCAGGCUCUCGUCCAGCAGUCCCUCCCCAUCUUCAAGCGCAUGCUGCGCCAGCCGCUGGGUGACUCAGAGCCACGUCAGCCUGACAUGGAGGCGGUGGUGGCGGAGGAGCUGAGGCAGCUGGCUAGGAGACAGAUGGCGGGGGAGACAGGGUAUGCCGUGAGGGAGACAAUGAAAGCAAUGCGUGCUGCCAAAGGGAAUGGCAAGGCGGCUGGGUCUCGAAGCAAACUGUAG